CUGGAACAUUUUCAAUGCCGUCAGCUCUCUAUAAAUUUAAUUUCGCCCUUCAAAGUAAAAACAAAACAGUGGACAGUGACAUGAAUAAAUAAGCGUAAAAGCAACCACCACAUGCGUUUGGAUAGUUUAAAUGGGUGGAAUAUUCCCCUUAAUUUCAGCCAAACCCUUUCACGGUGACGUGACGGCUUUCAGAUCCCUGUAACCUGUGGGCAUGUUGCGCGAUCCUCAAACCCGGAAGUUUCUCGAACGAUCCGCCGAAGCCCCGCCCACACGGCGGAGUGCUCAGCUGAUGCAAGCGGCCCCUCCGCCGGUAUAAAUAGCUCCACGCUCUCCCGUACCUGCCCAACAGCUCAGUUCACUCGCUACAUGGAGAGAAAACGGACCAAACACUUUGAACGGAGACUGGAGAUUGACAAACAAGAAUCGGGAUGGUCUAUACCGCGGCCCUGCCUUUUGGACAUGGAGUGCCCCUUUUGUCAGAGGACGAAAGCGUCGUAGAAAUGAUAGGAAAAUAUCUGUUCCAGCUCACAUCCCAGGGGAGGAAGACGAGUUCAGCCCGGCGGGGUAGCGUCGACAGCUGCGAUGAGAGGGAGAACAACUCUUCCUUUGCCAACCUGGACGCUGGUUUGGACAAUGAACAGCGUCUUCUUCACCGGAAAGUGACCCAGCAGAUCGAGCGCUGCCUGACGGAGGCCAAGGCAUCCACCCUGCUCUGCCAGUUGGUGCUGCUUCCUCAUCACAUGACCUCCAGGGUCGGCCACCAUGUGCUGCUCACCUCUGCCGACGAGCCCUGCGGGCUGCGGGGCGCCUCCAUCGAGCUUUACGUCGAGGGCAAGGACGGCCUGAAGUCCGUGGGGAGCAUCGUCCCAGACCAUACGGUCACCCCGACCUUUGAGCUGUCGGUGGUCUUCAAAGUCGAUAAGGAUGACAGUUGGCCACCGCUCAGGCAUAUUUUUGAGACCAACAAAGUGCUGAAGCUGAGACCAGAGUACCGGCUGGUGAAGAGGAAGCUCUACUCCUCUGCCAGUCCAGUAAUUCAUGAUUGCAAUUAGAUUGCAUUAAGAUCCAGACUGUGAACUCUUUUUUUUUUUUUUUCUCUCCAAUUUUUGUUGUUGUUCAUAUGCAACUUUUGUGAUGCAACCUCAAGCUCCACAUUAGUACAGCCUCUUGCUCAAAACAGCUGAAAGUCUUGCACUGUAAAAUUUUACAAUCAAUUUCAGGAUUGAGCAGGUCUCAUUCACCCCUGAAAUCUACUGUGCCUUUAUUUAUUAAACUCUGAUAAUUUCUUUGCAUAA